AAAGUUUUUCUGUGCUAUUCACUAGCUUUUAAGAAUUUGCUCCCAAACUUUUUUCUAAAUUCUUCGGCAGUACACAAUGUGUCAAUCCAUGGGCCAAGCGAUAUGCGAGCUGAAGCAUAUGCCGCUCUCCGGCGACAAAGAGUUAGACGCCCAAAUUAAAAAAUGGGUCAAAUGGGAUCGUAACCAAGACACGUUGGCGCAAAUAAUGGAGGCGGUCAGGAAUGAAGAUUGGGAUACCCUUCGAUGCCGUCUCUGCAGACGUAUAUCUUUUGGCACAGAGGGAUUACGUGCCGUAAUGCGUGCUGGAUUUGAUUCUAUGAACGAAUUGGUCGUUAUACAGACUGCUCAGGGGGUAUGUGCGUACAUAAAGGAACAAUAUCCGGAUGAGGCAUCGUGGGCCGAACAGGGCGUGGUAGUUGGCUAUGAUGGUCGUUACAAUAGUCAACGCUUUGCGGAAUUAACUGCAAUUGUGUUCUUAAGUCAAAAUUUUCGUGUAUAUCUUUUUAGGCGUAUUGUUCCCACGCCCUUCGUGCCCUACACCGUACAAAGACUAAGCUGCCUAGGCGGUGUGAUGGUCACAGCGUCUCACAAUCCUAAACAGGAUAAUGGCUAUAAGGUUUAUUGGUCUAAUGGCGCACAAGUCAUACCACCGCAUGAUGAAGCUAUUAGUAAGGCAAUUUUGGAUAAUUUGCAACCACAUCCCGAUUCUUGGGAUGAGACUCUGCUGUGCGCCAACGACUUGUUGAGCGAUCCCUACAAUAAUGUUGUUACAGCUUAUUACGAUGCGCUUAAAAAGGAGAUUUCUUGCCCACUAAUGGAGGCCAAUGGCAGAUGUCCAUUAACUUUUACAUAUACGGCCAUGCAUGGCGUUGGUUAUCCAUACAUAAAGUUGGCAUUUGGCAAAAUUAACCUUAAGUCCGUUGUUCCCGUGUGUGAGCAGAUAAUGCCAGAUCCAGAAUUCUCAACGACGCCCAUACCCAAUCCAGAAGAGGGCAAAACAUCAUUGGAUUUGGCCAUAAAACGGGCAACUGCCAAAAAAUGUCCCAUUAUCUUGGCCAACGAUCCGGAUGCCGAUCGUUUGGCUGUUGCUGAACUUGACGACAGUAAGCAAUACAAGAUAUUCAGUGGCAACGAACUGGGCGCCCUUUUAGGCUGGUGGGCAUUACAGAAUUAUAAACUGAAGGACGAAAACGCAGAUGUAUCCAAUUCUGUGAUGGUAUCCAGCACUGUCAGCUCUAAGAUAUUGAAAUCUAUGGCUGAUGUCGAGGGAUUCACCUACCAUGAAACGCUGCCAGGCUUCAAAUGGAUCGGUAACAAGGUGAUCGAGGAGCGCGAUGCGGGCAAAAAGGUGCUCUUCGCGUUCGAGGAGGCAAUUGGCUAUAUGGUUUCCACAAAUGUUAUUGACAAAGAUGGUAUUAGUGCUGCAGCUCACGUGGCUACAAUGGCCUGCUAUUUGCGCUGCAAGAAGUGUAUGACAAUGCAGGAGAAGCUGCGGGACUUAUACGAGAACUACGGGUUCCAUACCAGUGUCGUCUCUUAUGUCACUUGUCGUGAUAGAGGGCUUAUUAAGAAGAUCUUUGAUCGCCUGCGAACCUUUGACGACGGCCAAGAGAACACCUAUCCAACAAGCAUAAUGGACGGUGAAUAUGAGAUUGAGAAUGUACGUGACCUGACCACGGGCUAUGAUAGCAGCACCCCAGAUAAAAAGGCCACGUUACCAGUUUGCGAAAGCACCCAGAUGAUUACGUUUACUUUUAAAAAUGGUAUGGUGGUCACAUUACGUACUAGUGGUACUGAGCCAAAACUGAAGUAUUAUGCCGAGAUGUGCGGCAGACCAGAAAACAAGCGCUGGGAAGAGUUAUCAGAGACUCUUAAUCGCAUGGUCGAUGCCAUUGUUAAUGAGUUUUACGAGCCCGAAAAGAACGGACUGGAGCGUAGACAGGAAGACUAGAUUUGCAAGCGGAGUAUAGAUGGGUUUCGUAUAUGUAGAUGCCCCAAAUUUUCAGUUUUCUGCUAAAUUAACGAGUACAAUCGGAUUUCGGAUUACCAACGCUGCUGAUGGCAACAGAUAUUUUUGAUUAUUAGAAACACCAAAAAAAAUUAAAUUCAAUAAAGAUUUUCUUGGGGUUGU